AUGGACUCCAUUAACUUAUACAAGGAAGAGUAUAGUGUUCUAAGUAAAGAGGUUGAUUUUAUUGUGAAUUGGGGACCAGAAGAUGCUGCUAAGAAUCCAUUAAAUUGGAGCAAGCGGAAACGUUUUGGUUGCACCGUAAUGCUUGCUUUCAUAAGCUUUCUCGUUACAUUAGCUUCAUCUAUAGGUUCCGGUACCUACGAAUCAAUUAUGGAAGAUUUCAAAGUCACGAAGGAAGUCGCCGGUAUGACCACUUCUCUUUUCCUAGUUGGUUUCGCAAUGGGGGCACCAGUGCUCGCGCCUUUGUGCGAAGAGUUUGGGCGACUUCCUAUAUAUAUUGUCAGUAUGUUUGUAUUCUCCUGCUUUCAAGUUGGUGCCGCAACAUCCAAAAAUAUGGCAUCGUUAGGAAUCUGUCGAUUUUUUGCUGGGUUUUUUGGGACAACCCCCCUUUCAAAUGCAGGUGGAAGCAUUGCAGAUAUGUGGCAACCUGACAAAAGAACUCUAGCUUUUCCUUUCUUUGGUGUUUCAGGCUUCCUUGGACCAUGCUUAGGACCUGUAAUAGGAAGCUAUUUGACAGUAUCAUAUUUAGGAUGGAGAUGGACCAACUAUAUGGUUGCUAUUCUUGCCUUUGCUUUCUCUCUAGCGUGUUUUUUCUUUAUGCCAGAAACUUACUGCCCUAUUAUUAUGGAUUUAAAAGCUGCCAGUAUACGACAAAUGACAGGCGAUAAAAGAUAUAUUUCAUACCACGAGUUUCAAAGAGAAGGAAAGUCUCCCUUUUCUUUAUCAGUUUUUAUGAGGCCCUUCCUUUUUGCUGUCGGAGAGCCCAUAGUGACGUGCUUUACUAUCUGUAUUAGUAUCACCUAUAUCGUCUUAUUCUCAGAUUUUGAAUCAUUUCCUAUUAUAUUUGCAACUUGGGGGUUUAGUACGGCGAAGAGCUCACUUCCAUUCAUUGCGGUGACAAUUGGUAUUCUAUCCAAUUUGUUUAUAGUGGCUCCUAUUGCAUAUAUAAUUUACAUGAAAGAAGUCAAUGAAAAUGGGUCCAUUGAGAAGGUAGAUCCAGAAUCGAGGUUAAUUCCACUCAUGUUUUGUUGCUGGCUCAUUCCAAUUUCACUCCUUUGGAUUUCUUGGACCACUUAUGAUACCAUUUCUCCCUGGUCCUCUAUAGUUUCGACCUUUUUUUUCGGAGUGGGCAUGAUGCAAGUCUUCCUCACCACGUAUUCUUAUAUUAUCGAUGCGUAUGGAGUUAACUCGGCUAGUGCUUUGAGCUCCCUUACAUUAGUGAGAUAUAACGUGUCAGCAGCAAUGAUUCAUAUAACAGAUCCUAUGUAUAAUAAUCUAGGUAUUCAUUGGGCUGCAAGCUUAUUGGCAUUCUUGAGUCUCAUUAUUUGUGCAGUCCCUUUUGUGUUUUAUGUUUUCGGUCCCAAAAUAAGGUCACAUUCAAAAUUCACUGAUCCUGCCAAACAUGAAGAUUAA